CAGCAGCAGCAGCAGCAGGCAGGAGGAGCAGAGGGAGCAGAGGGAGCAGGAGGAGCAGCUCAGUGCGCCAGGGAGCGAGAGCACAGGCGUGGGUCUCACCGGGGAGCAGACGCGGCGGAGCGGCGGCGUCUCAGCCGCGGUAGGAGCUCUGAGGACUUGAGGGAUCCAGUUUUUCUUUUUUGUCCGCCGUGAAAAGGGAACUCCUUCCCGGGCAGAUCUUGGGGGUACUACCGGAGGAGGAGGAGGGAGACAGAGAUGCAGUUCCAGCUCGACUCCGUGCGCCGCGCAGUCCGCCUCCGACGCUGCUGAUGCCCGCGGUGCGGGGAUCACCGCCCAGCAGCAGCAGCAGCAGCAGCGGGAGGAGGAGGUCGGGACUACAGGGCGUCGGGGGCCGGUGAUGAUGACGCUGAGGUCGGGAUCAUGGCCAACGGAACCGGUACUAUCAUGUUAAAAUGCGUCGUGGUCGGAGACGGUGCGGUGGGAAAAACGUGUCUCCUGAUGAGCUACGCCAACGACGCGUUUCCUGAGGAGUAUGUUCCCACAGUGUUUGAUCAUUAUGCAGUGAGCGUUAACGUUGGAGGGAAGCAGUACUUGCUGGGACUGUAUGACACAGCUGGUCAGGAGGACUACGACCGCCUGAGGCCGUUGUCCUACCCGAUGACCGACGUCUUCCUCAUCUGCUUCUCUGUGGUUAAUCCUGCCAGUUUCCAGAAUGUGCGAGAGGAAUGGGUGCCCGAGCUGCAGGAGUACGCACCCAGUGUCCCCUACCUGCUCAUCGGCACCCAGAUUGACCUGCGUGAUGACCCCAAGACCAUUGCCAAACUGAAUGACAUGAAGGAAAAGCCGAUCGCGACUGAGCAAGGACAGAAACUGGCAAAGGAGAUCGGUGCGUGUUGUUACGUUGAAUGUUCGGCACUGACCCAGAAGGGCCUGAAGACGGUGUUCGACGAGGCCAUCAUCGCCAUCCUGGCUCCCAAGAGGAAGAAGGGAGCUCUGAAGAGAAGACUGGGACCUCGCUGCAUCAACUGCUGUCUGAUCACGUGAUACUCAAACCAACAGAGAUCGUCCAGAAAAAAAACAAAACAACCGUAAACCAAACCUGGACUGAAGGCGACAGACGACAGAGUGAGAGGACUGAAAGGGACAAAACAAGAGCGACUUUGAAGCUCUUGAUCGGCCAUAACUCUCUGUCCUGCCGUCCAUCUCUGGGGCUGAGGAUGCAGUUUACUACCAAAGGAGCACAAACCCAAGUCAGUCUCUUCUUAUUAAAGACUUUUUGCCUCAAAAGUACCUUCUUUUAUAACCAUUUUUAAUCAUUUUUCCUGUACAAACUUGUUGUAUGCUGUCAUACAAAAAAAAAAACAGAAAGAGAAAAUCUACAUAUAAGGAGUUCAUAUGAUUUCUAUGGAAGUUAGAUUAUUGAUUUGUGAAAGAUAAAAUCCUGCAGCUGAUAAAUAAUGAGAGGCUGAUUUAAGUGACACUGUGACGGAGCCUGGUCAGGAUUUAUUCCUGGACUUAAGGGCCCAUAAGUUUUUUUUCGAGCUCUUAACUUUUUUGGCCUCACAAAGUCUGUCUCUAAUUAUUUGUCAUUUGAGAAGCUGCAGAUUAAAACCACACAACAAGCUUUGCAUUGUGUCGGUGACAACACAAAUCAGACGGAUUCUGGACCUACAACUGUUUUAUUUUAACGUUUGAGAGUCUUGUGUUUUUGCCUUAUGAAAACCCUGUGGUUUUAUAGUGUGGCAUGCCAAAACAUACUGUAAGUUCAGACUGGGGCUUCAUCAGAAAACAAAGAGGUUUAUUAUCCAUUUUUAAGAUAUAUAUAUAAUCCAGAGUUUAUGAUUCUGUAUCUCUAAAAUAGAGAUCAUCCAGUCUGUGCAGAUAUUAUUUUCUCAGCUGAUAGCUUUUUGUUUUAUUUUUUAUCUUGCAAUAAUGUGUUUUCCUUUUAUCACCUUAAGUUUAGAGGAGAAGAAAUGAAACUGAUUCAUAUCCAAUGUCCAAAGAAUCGAAUGCACACGUUUUUCCAAGGUGACCCGGUGCUGUAAAUCUAAUGCACAACAUGAAGCACAGUUCAUCAUCUCCCAGCACAGCAAAGCACAUUCCUCUGCUUCUAACCCCCCCACCCCCACCCCCACCCCGAAAAGAAAAGACUGACUGAAGCACAGAAGAUGUUCACUGGUCCAUCAGGCACAAGAAUGAGCACAGCACACCAACAGUCACAGUCCAUCACAGCUCCUGAAUCCUAAUUGUCCAGGGAAGGGGCUGCAGUCGAUGCUCCAACUCUUUGUAAAUUCAGAUUUAAUCUGAACUGACACUUGGUUAAAAUGAUGUUCAGUCUGUGUAGGUUCAGGUCAUGGUAGUCAGCUGGACUUCUUUUAGGUUUCUAGAAGACGUUUCAUCUCUCAUCAGAAACGGUUCCUCAGUUCUAGAGGCUGGUUGGAGAGUCUCCAUCUACACUGCAGUCCUGAUGUGAUUUAACCCCCAUUCACACCUCAACCCAUGUGACCCUAAUGACUCACAUGACGACAGGGUGGGUCCAUGAUUUUGAGGACCACCUCCACAAGGUUAAACACCGGGGACUCCCCAUCCAGCCUCUAGAACUGAGGAAGCCUUUCGGAUGAGAGGUGAAACGUCUAAAAGACGUCUAACUGCCUUCAACUCUAGCACUUAAGAUGUUCAGUUAACUGAGAGGGUUUCCUGUAUAACAGCUGUAAAGGAUUUAAACAGAAUAAUGUGUGGAGACAACGGUCUGACCAGCAUCCGUGCACCAGUCCUGUUUUAUGUUGCAGAGACACGCUGCCCCUGAAUUCACUGAUUUGUCAACAGAGUCUCAGAAAUGGAGACGACAUGAAAUUUAACAGGAUUUAGAGACGAGUUUAAAAUCUGUGAAGCCCUGAAACAGUUUUAUGCAACAUGUCUCUGUAGGUAAUGACUGGAGGUUGGGAUGGAACGAUCAGCUCUUCUUGUUUUUAUUCACUUGUUAUUGGCUUUUUCUUUCAGUUUUUUUAAAGAUAUUAAUCAAAGGUGCCAACUCUUGCUAAAUGACUUGUGUUAAUUUUCUGUUUGCGAGUCAGAUUUGAUGAUUGAUUAAAAGCUUUAAUGUAAACGGUGCUCCUCCUCUCUGUCCCAGCCUGCGUCGUGUAACCUCUCUCCCUCUCUCUCGGACACUUCUGCUUUUUGCUUUACGUCGUGUGAAGGUCCAGCCCUCAGGAUCCGGGACCUAAGUGCCGCAGCCCUCCAGUGCAUUCUCCCAUUGAUGCUCCUCUCUUCUCAAUAAAUGUGUUUUCUGUGUUAA